UACAAGCUUUCUUCUCUCUUUAGCAAUAACAAAAAUGUCUGAUCAUCAAAAGACAGCUUCCAUGGAAGAAGAUGCUUACAAGAAGCUGAAAAUCGUGCCAAACCCUGAUGGCUCAAUUACGAGACUCGACUCUUUUCCAACUCUACCGGCAAAUCCUGAAAUUGAGGUUAACUCAACCACCCAAGUCGUCAUUUCCAAAGAUAUACCUCUCAACGCCACUAACGGCACUUUCAUACGCCUCUUUCGGCCUAAAAACCCUCCGUCAAGCACCAAGCUUCCACUUAUCGUCUACUUCCACGGCGGCGGAUUUGUUUUGUACAGUGCAACGACUAGUUUUUCCCAUGAAUCAUGCAACCGCAUGGCGGCUGAGUUCCCCGCAGUGGUCGCUUCAGUCGAGUAUCGUCUGGCACCGGAACACCGCCUACCGGCAGCGUAUGAUGAUGCGAUGGAGGCUAUGAUGUGGGCUAAGAAUGAAGCUACCAUUAGUGAUUCUGAUCCGUGGAUGAAAGAGUUUGCUGACUUUUCUAAAACUUUCUUAAUGGGGAGCAGUGCGGGAGGCAACAUAGUGUACAAUGCAGGCCUACGUGCACAGGACGUUGAUCUUGAACCAGUGAAAAUCCAAGGGCUGAUAAUGAAUCAGCCAUACUACGGUGGGGUGCAGAGGACCCAAUCAGAGCUUAAACUCAUCAAUGAUCAUAUUGUUCCUCUGCAUGCAAAUGAUUUGAUGUGGUCAUUAGCAUUGCCAAAGAAUGCUGAUAAAGAUCAUGAAUUUUGCAAUCCGUUGAUUGGUGGGUCCAAUGAUGAGAAGAUCCAACGGUUGCCAAUGUGUAUGGUGAGGGGGUAUGAAGGGGACCCACUGGUUGAUAGGCAAAAGGAGUUUGCGAAGAUGCUGGAGGCACGUGGAGCGCACGUGAUAUAUAAAUUUAUUGAUGGAGGUCAUCAUGGUGUGGAGAUAUUUGAUCCAAAUUUUGCUAAAGCUUUGUACGAUGAUAUUAAGUAUUUUAUUAACUCUUGCAACUAAAUGUCAUGGUGCAAUGUCACCUAUGUGAUUAGUUGAAGAUGUUAAUGCUUUAAUUGUGGUUGUUUGGAUUUGUCAAUGAUAUUGUUGAUUAUAAUAAAAACUAUCUUAUUUUGA